CAGUACAAAUGUACAAUGUUGUUUGCAUUAACUAGUACCAUCUCAUUGUCAAAAAAAAAAAACUAGUACCAUCUCGAUCCAUGCGGCAAUGCGCUCAUGUGAAGCCCAAGCCUAAUAAUUCUAUGGGCUAAACGAGGCCCACAGAUCAGAAUUCCAGAGAAUGAAAAGCCCCAACUCAUUGCUCACACUUGCAGUUGAAGAACGGCGGCAGUCCAACCGCUCAACUUCCCGGCCGCAACAUUAGUGCCUCCUUCUCCGGCCUCCAUAAAGGUCGUAGCUUUUCCAUGUGGGCAUCGCCGACGGGCAAGUUCAGUCUCUGCUCUGCUUGCGUCAGACUAGUCAAGUGGCCGAGACGACGACUCUACUUCACCGCUGCUGCUGCUGCUGCUCCGGCGCUUUCGAGUCCGACCUGGUCAAGCACAAACCCGGUUUAUUUCAAUCGAAAUGAAUCCGGUGUCGCCGCCGGCUAUUCCAUUCAGCUGGACUCCGAUGGAGUUGUUCAUUACCUGCAAAAUGUCAGGCAAGACCCUAUCCACGCACUUUCCUUCUUUAAUCAACUCAGAACUGGCGGUUUCGUUCACGAUGUCUACACUUACGCCGCCAUGAUUAGGAUACUGUCGUUCUGGAAUUUGGAUAGAGAAUUGAAUUCUCUGCUCUCUGAGCUACUCAUCCAGAUGAAAGUUGGGCAGGUGAAGCCUAAUUUCGAGGUUUUCGACUUGCUGGAGGCUUUGCCUGAUUGUUCUGAUUAUUCGAAUGUUGAGAUUUUGCUGAAAGUUUGGGAUGUUUUGGUUAAUGUUCAUGCUAAGCUUGGAAUGUUUGAUGGGGCAAGAGAGCUUCUCAUCCUGGCCAAGAAAUCAGGGAUUACUAGGCCAUGCAACUUGACAUGUGAAUUUCUCAUGAACCGUUUGAUUGAGUGUGGUGAGGUCGAUUCUGCUCUGGCCAUUUAUAUGGAGUUGGAGGACCGCAUUGGAUUGCAGCUUAAUCAUCAUAUUUAUGGAUUUAUUGUUAAGGCAUUCUGUGAAAAAGGUUGUUUGAAGGAAGCAUUGGAUGUUCUUCUGGAAAUGGAGAAAUGUGGGAUGACUCCGAAUGCUUUUACCUGCUCCACUUACAUCCAAGGGUUGUGUAAGUAUCAUAGCUCCGAUUCAGGUCAUCAAGCGCUUCGAUGUUUUUUAGAAGCUAAGGUUCCGGUUGAUGAGUUUGCUUAUUCAGCUGUGAUUCGUGGGCUGUGCAGGGAUGGGAAUCUAGAUGCUGCUGUAGAUCUUCAAGAGGAGAUGUUGUCCAGAGGGUUGAGAACGAAUUCUGUGGUUGUUGGCUUGAUUCUUCAGGGCUGUUGUCAAGCAGGUGAGUUCUCUAAAGUCGUGAGCUUGUUCAGGAGGUAUAAGAAUGCCGAUGUUUACCUCGAUAAGUUUUGCUACAAUAUGGUGAUGAAGGGGUUUUGCAAGUUGGGGAAGGUGGAAGUGGCUGCUGCACUGCUGACCAAGAUGAAAGUUAAUCAUGUGCAUCCUGAUGUCAUUAACUAUACAACUGUCUUUAGUGGUUACUGUGACGAAGGUAAACUUGACGAGGCCAUGAAAUUAUUCGAAGAAAUGAAGCGGAAUGGGAUUACCCCUGAUGUCGUCCUUUAUAAUGUACUUGCUUCUGGUUUGGCCAGAUUGGGUUUUACUCAAGAAGUGAAGUACUUGUUAAAUUACAUGAAGGACUCUGGUAUUGAACCUAACAAUGGGACAUACAGUGUCAUUAUUGAAGGGCUAGCCACAGGAGGAAAGCUGGAAGAUGCAGAAGCUUUUUUAGCCGCACUGGAAAACCCGAGCUUGGAUAUCUAUUGUGGCAUGGUUAAUGCUUACUGUUCAGCAAAAAGAGUCAUAAACAUGCUUUUGCGUGCUGGAGAAAUAAGAAAGGCCCUAGAAUUAUUCAAUGAAAUGAAGGCAAAUGGGAUUAACCCGGAUGUGGUGACGUACACAACGAUAAUGAAUCUGUAUUGCAGUGUCGAUCACUUGAAGGAGGCCGUCAAUCUUUUCCAUGAUAUGGAGGCCAAAGGGGUUGAACCAGAUGUUAUCACUUAUUCAGUUUUACUGAAGGGGGAAUUGAAGGAAAUAAGGUGCAAGAGAAGUAGGAAUAGGGAAAUCAACAACAGCAAUGCUGUAGUAGGACCUUUCUUGUAUGGUAAACUAAUGGAUGUGGAGCCUGAUCCUGUUAUGUAUACUGUUUUGAUAGACGCACGCUGCAAAGAAAAUGACAUGAAGGGUGCUGUGAAAUUUUUCAAAGAGAUGAUUGAUAGAGGGCUACAACCCGACGCGACGGCAUACACAGCUCUUCUAUGUGGAUACUUGCAUGUUGGAGAUGCAGCUGCGGCUGGCCUUGUUUGUAGAUUGAUGUUGGAAAAUCAAAUAGAGCCUGAUGGCAUUUUGGAGUCUGUGUUGGAUCGUCAUGGUAAAUUUUUGCUAGACAGGAACUGUCUACAAUGAAUAGUAUGCUUCAAGAUUGUAAGUAGCGUGUAGAAAAGAGUUGACGAGAUCAAUUAACUGAGCCGAUUGGA